GUCUACACCCAGUAUUCUGCGCACAGCCAAUCCAAUUAGUAUGAUUCAGGCUCACCAGAAGAAAGGAAGGUUGUGAUUUCAGCAGCACUACAGAUUUUUCCUCCCUCUGCAAUUUAUAGGACUGAGUCUCAGUGUGGCAGGUGCAUUGAGAAAGCCGAGUGACUUCUUUUGUGGUAUCGGAGUGUGAAUUUUUUUUUUGUUUUUUCUUUCUUUUUAUUCUUACUCCUAUUCAUUCUGUGGAUGGGAAAAACAGAAGGAUUGAUUAAAGAGAAAGGAAGACUGGAGAUAAAUUUCUUUUGCACUUUUGACUUUUAGCGGAAAAUAUCAUCAUAUAAUCUUUUACAUUUUAUUACUAUUAAAAGUAGGUGUAGCCACAGUUUGCUACAUCCUACUUUUUCUUUCCCAGCUGGUUGGAACACUGCUUUUUAAAUUUUUUGUUAUUGUACCAGCUGAGUCAUCAUGUCUGAUCUCACGCCUCAGAGCGAUGCCCCAACCCCCACAACAGACAAGAUCACACAGGCUGCCAGGGAGACUAUUUACCUUUGCAACUUUCGGGUUUCUGUGGAUGGAGAAUGGCUUUGCUUGCGGGAACUAAAUGACAUUUCCCUUACACCAGACCCAGAGCCAGCACAUGAAGGCUCAUGGGAGGAUUUCACAGAUUUGGUGGAACAAAUGCAAAUGCUUGAUGAGUUUGAAGAUCCCAAGGAUCCCAUUGCUAUUGAAAGGUUAAAUCUGAUGAAUAUGGCAAAACUUAGUAUUAAAGGAUUAAUAGAAUCUGCUUUGAAUUUGGGCCGAACACUGGAUUCAGACUAUGCUCCUCUUCAACAGUUCUUUGUUGUUAUGGAGCAUUGCCUUAAGCAUGGGCUAAAAACUAAGAAGACGUUCCUUGGCCAGAAUAAAUCAUUUUGGGGUCCUUUGGAGCUGGUGGAAAAACUAACCCCUGAAGCUGGUGAAAUAACAGCGAGUGUUAAGGACUUGCCAGGAUUAAAGACUCCUAUUGGCAGAGGAAGAGCUUGGCUUCGUUUGGCACUAAUGCAGAAGAAACUUUCAGAUUACAUGAAAACAUUAAUCAAUAGGAAAGAUCUUCUCAGUGAAUUCUAUGAAACAAAUGCACUGAUGAUGGAGGAAGAAGGAGCAGUGAUUGCUGGACUGUUGGUUGGUCUAAAUGUCAUUGAUGCAAACCUUUGCAUGAAAGGAGAAGAUCUAGAUUCUCAGGUUGGAGUAAUUGAUUUUUCUAUGUACUUAAAAGAUGGAAGUCACAGCAGUAAAAGUGCCGAAGGCGAUGGGCAGAUUACAGCAAUUCUUGACCAGAAGAACUAUGUAGAAGAACUUAACAGACACUUAAGUGCUUCUGUGAAUAACUUGCAGGCCAAAGUUGAUGCCUUAGAAAAAUCCAACACAAAGUUAACAGAAGAACUUGCAGUAGCAAACAACAGGAUCAUAACUUUACAGGAGGAAGUUGAGCGUGUAAAACAAGAAAGUUCAUACUUGUUGGAAUCUAACCGCAAAGUGGAUGUUAGUGCAGAUGGAAAUGUCCUAGGUGAAGCAAGAAAACAGCUGAAAGAAGAAACUCAACUACGCCUGGAUGUUGAGAAGGAGCUAGAAGUACAGAUUGGUAUGAAGCAAGAAAUGGAAUUGUCCAUGAAAAUGUUGGAAAAAGAUAUCUGUGAGAAGCAAGAUGCUUUGGUGGCGUUGAGGCAACAGCUUGAUGAUCUCAAGACAUUGAACCAAGAGCUUUCUCAUAAAUCACAGAGUUCUGACACUUUGAUACAACAGAAAAGUGAAAUUAUCAAACGUUUAGAGGACCAAGCAAGUAGAAUGACUACAGCUCUUAAACAGCUGGAACAAAGAUUGCGGCAGUCAGAAAGAGAACGGCAGUCAGCAGAAGAAGCUAACAGACUAUUCAAGAAAGAAUUUGGGGACAAGAUCGAGAGCCUGCAGACUGAAGUAGAACAGCUGAGAAAGAUUCGAUUACAUUUAGAAGCAGAGCUGAAGAGGGAGAAAGAACGAAAAACCUGUAAUCAUAAUGAGACUCCACCAACUUCAAACAAAGGAUACAAACAGCAAGUGGAUGAUAUCAGACGGGAGCUUCAACAAGUUAAAAAAGAAAACAGUAAACUGAAAACAGUUUUGGAUGAAAGAGAGAGCACCAGCAGAUUGGAAUCAAAGAUUGAAGACGAACAGGAUCAAACCGCCAUAGAAAAAGGGGGACCUUCUGUAUGUAAGCUGUGUGAGGAAGAUGAUUCUUUGGCAAGACCCAAGAGCAUAUGCAAGAACUGUGAAGGGAUUUUUUGUGAGACCUGCCUACAAAAUGAGUUGCCGCUUCCUUCUUCAAUCAACCCUGUGCGUGUUUGUGGUGUGUGCCACAGAAAGUUGUUACAAGAGUAUUCUGGAAGCCCAUCUUAAAUUGAUGACGUCUUCCUGAUCUUUGCAGUUCUUUGUGAAUUUGUAAAGUGAAAUCAACUGGUAGCAAUAGCAAUCUGCUGGCCUGAUUUACAACUGUGCUUUAUCAAAUAAAAAAGGGCUUGUAACCACAUUUACAAAAAGUUACGUUUUUUGGUAGCUCAAAGAACCACAGUGGGUUUAAUGGAAUAGUCUUAAUUCCUAAAUUGUGCAAUAUUAUCAACACUUGGAUUUGUCACUCACUAUAACAAGAUAUUCCAGUCUGAAGAUUUUGCAUUAGAAUGAAGAGUUUUAAAUCUCGAGUGCCCACUGAGUGAAGGUGCAGCAGUCAUUUAGCAGUUAAAUGAUUUGCCAGUUAUGUGUUUGUGCCUAAAAAGGUUAUAAAGUGCCUUGAAACAUUCAGUCUGGUCACUUAAAUACAGACUUGCUCUUAAGUGGCUGGGAGUCUGUUAUCCACAUUCAUUCAUGCAGGACUGGGUCGUGCAUCUGCAAUGUGAAAUUAAAUUACAAAAUCAGAAAGUUUUAUUUUAGUAUAUUUAAGUGCAAUAUAAACAUUUAGAUGUUCUAUUUAAUUAUUAAAAAAAUCUUUUAAAAAGUAUGUAUUCUUUAUGACUGCUCUAAGAUAAAUUGCUUAUUGAUAUUUUAGACAAUCUCCAGAAUGAUCCAUGCAAUGGAUGGACAGAACUGGAUUGUAUAAAAUGGGAGUCAAAGAUUUGACAGAAAGACUUCAGUUUGUUUUCAUGUUCGUAAAAAGACAAAUAUAAUGGAAAAAAUCAUAAACAUGCUGAAAUGUUAAUUUCAGACAAAAUUUCACUCUCUCCUGAUGAAUAUGCAUUUAAAGCUCUUGUUUUCACUAAUUGGGAACAAUUUGCACACACUUAACAUGAAUUGAGAGAAAGUGAAACUGCAAAUUUUACAGAUUUGUUUUAGAAGCACAGUUUUAUCCUCCUUUAUGCCUUGGCCGAUUUAAUGGAUUAAAGUUUUAAUACACCAGAUCUUUUAAGACUUAAUCAGAUGUUUACUGUACAGUUUGUUGUGCAUUUAUUUCCUUUUCAUAAUCAAAUAUAUUGUUCUAAAAAUA